AUGUUUUCUACCUUUUAUAUCGUCAUAGAAGAUAUUCCAACCAUCGGGCCACAAAAUUCUGACGCAAUGUGCAAGUUCUAUACGUGUCAUCAUCAACAUAUUCCUCUUGUAAGAAAGGAGACCCUUGUCGGUUCAAAAAUGCAACCCGAAUGUCAGAAUGCUGCCACGUUUUUGGCGAUCGAUGCUCUGGUUUUCUGUGGAACGCCGCUGUUUGUCGAGCACACCAUUUUCGAGAACCUACGACCCAAGAGGGAUAGGUUGACGAAGAACGCCGAUGAUACAUUGAGGACUACAGGAAUGCUCCCAAAAAAGACAAAAUCUCGGGAUAUCCAAGAUGGGAACACGGUCCAUAUAAUGGCAAUAAAUGGAAUGACGAAACAAUAUUCCUUUACACAAGAUGAAUGGUUCAAGCUAAAGCAUGCAUGA